UGCACUUCUCGAGCUCAGUCAGAGCGUCAAGUGAACGCCGUGCAGAAAACGCAGUGGGACUUGAACCGAGGAGAAGUUAUCGAAGGAGCCUGUAGUAUUGAUUGCAGCAGCCUGCACCUGUAUAAGCCCCAUCAUCAGCACGCGGAGAAGCGCACAAGAAGAAAGUGUGUUUACUGGAAUCACGCAGCUGUUCUAGAAGGAAGGCAAUAUGAUGGUGAAGCAGCAUAUGCUGUUUACCCUGUACAGCAUCUGCGGGAUCGUCCUUAAAGAUAUUCUCGCCGUUUCAGUGGCGGCCACGAAAAACAAAGUGAGAGGAGCUCAAGGUCAGUUCCCCAUUGUCCAUAACAUGACCGUGACGGAAGGAGGGAUAGCCAACCUGACCUGUCGUGUGGAACACAAUGACAACACCUCCCUCCAGUGGUCAAACCCGGCACAGCAGACUCUCUUCUUUGGGGACAAGAAAGCACUGAGGGAUAACCGGAUUGAGCUGGUCCGAGCCACUUCGCAAGAGUUGACGAUCAGCAUCAGUGAGGCCACGCUGGCAGAUGAGGGCUUGUACACCUGCUCCCUCUUCACCUUUCCUGUCAAAACAGCCAAGGCCUUCCUCACCGUCCUCGGUGUGCCUAGGAAACCACAGAUCAACGGACUCACCAAGCCUGCAAUGGAGGGUGACCACAUCACUCUGACCUGUGUGACCUCUGGCAGCAAACCUGCGGCUGAUGUCCGAUGGUUCAGGAAUGAGAAGGAGAUCAAAGGUGCCAAAGAGGUGAAUGCCAGUGGCAAGACGUUCACUGUGAAGAGUUCCCUAAGGCUCCAGGUGGAUCGGAAUGAUGACGGUGUGGCCUACACUUGUCGAGUUGACCAUGUGGCCCUGACCGCCACCCCACAGCAGACCACUGAGGUGUUGGAGGUCCACUAUGCUCCUCGUGUAGAGAUCAAACACUCUUUAAACAUCCCACAGGAGGGGCAGUACCUCAAACUGGAAUGUGUAUCUAAAGGAAACCCCUCGCCAGACCCAGUGCUUUGGACUAAAGAUGGUGGAGAACUACCAGACCUGGAACGCAUGAUUGUUGAAGGAAGAGAACUCACCUUCACGUCACUUAACAAAACAGACAACGGCACCUACCGCUGCGAAGCCACCAAUCACCUGGGCACCAAUCAUGCUGAAUAUGUGCUGUUUGUUUAUGAUGCCCCCACCACACCGUCACCAUCCACAACUCCCCCUGCACCCACCCACCCAGACACUACAGGUCCCUUAGACUCCAAGAACCUCAAUCCUGCUGUCACCGGUAAGAGAGAUCCUAAUGCCCUGGAGCAACGUGGGCCAGAUCAUGCUCUGAUUGGAGGAGUAGUUGCUGUCGUCGUUUUUGUUACUUUGUGCUUAAUUGUUGUAUUGGGACGCUAUCUGGCCCGGCAUAAAGGCACGUAUUUGACAAACGAGGCCAAAGGAGCGGACGACGCCCCGGACGCAGAUACAGCCAUCAUUAAUGCCGAUGGCAACAACGCACAUGCAGAAGAGAAGAAAGAGUAUUUCAUUUAGACUGCAAGUGGCACUCUGCUCCCCUCUCGUUCUUCUCUCAUUCCUCCCCUGCUUCCCUGCACCAUGUAGGAACUCCUUCAGAGAGCAGAGGAAGCUUCUUUCCACACUUUUACUUUCCUUUGUUGUUGUUUUUUUUUUUUUUUCGAUAACAGCUCUCCAAUCUCACCUGCUACUUUUUACAGGUGACUUAUUUGCUGAAGAUGUUACCUUUUAUAAUCAUUACAUAGCUGUAAGACACCCCAAAUUAGUGAAAAGUCCUAAAUCUCCAAAUGUUAAACAUCCAAAAAAGAAAAAUAAUCUGCAGCCAUCUUUCAGUAAAGGACUCAUUCCCGCAUUCUCUUACAGUGCCUAAAUACACACGUCUGUUGAAUAUCAGUCAAUGCCUUCAUGUUUUUCUGUAGACCUCUGAUUGGUUGCUUGCUUUUUAUCUUCAGCGUUAUGAUUUUACAAAUGUUCUGUGCUCUGUUAUGAUUUUUUAAAUAGUUUUUACAUUUUUUUAUUUUUUAUUUUUUUUGUGAUUCAUGCAAAAACCAUUUAUUGUGAUAUUUCUCAAAAAAAAAAAAAAACGAUGUACAGUAGUAAAAAUAUACUCAGAAUUAGUGAGGGAGGUUCCGUUUUUAAUUCUGCUGAUUUUUAGGUGUUAAUAUUGUUAUCGGUACGUAUAGAUGCUCCAUUCUCCAAAUUAUCAUUAAAUGACGUGAAACUGACAGCUCACACUAUUGCUAAAAUCAGUAUUUUGUACUUGAAAUGUAGAGAUUGGUAAGUAAAUGAAUAGUUCCACAGAAGGUCUUAGUGUAUACCACAGAGCAUUCACCUUGUAUUUAAGCUUAACUUUGGUCACCAAAUAAACUAAAGUGGUUCGGUUAGCAUCCAGGCAAGCAAAGAACAGCCCAAUCGUGUCGAUGUACUAUGAUGAUGUAUCUCCACUUUUCGCUUGGGUCUCAUCAAACUUGGUUCCGCACCUAUCUGUAUAUUCCUGCACUGAAUGGCCCCGUGCUCAGAGCGUUGUCAUAACAACAGAUCCACGGGCGAUGAAAGAGGCGGGAAACAUACAAUAUUUCAUUCUUUCAGCUGUUUACACAACCGUUGAUCCAAAGAUGAGAAAUCUCAUAACAGCAGAAGAGAUGUAAAAGUAAAAAGAAAAAGAAAAAAGUUGUGUGCAACAAUAUUUCAGUGCUCUUAAGGCUCCAUCUCAUUGGUCAAAUCAAUUAACAGCCCAUCAGUGAUCCAAAACAACAUUUUAUGCAAACCUCAACAUUUUACAUACAAUGCCUGGCCAAAAAAAAAAGUCACAUACUCUAAUAUUUCAUUGGACGCCUUUAGUUUUGAUUAUGGCAUGCAUUCGUCAUGGCAUCGUUUCAACAACCUAAUGCAACGUCAGAACAUUUAUUUCCAUCCAGAGUUGCAUUAUUUUUUGGCUGAGAUCUUGUAUUAAUGACGGGAGAGUAGAACUACUCCGUAAAGUCUUCUCCAGCACAUCCCAAAGACCUUCAGUAGGUUAAGGUCAGGACUCUGUGGUGGCCAAUUUAUGUGUGAAAAAGAUUACUCAUGCUCCCUGAAUCACUCUUUCACAAUUUGAGCCUGAUGAAUCUUGGCAUUGUCGUCCUGGAAUAUGUCUGUGCUGUCAGGGAAGAAAAAAUCCAUUGAUGGGAUAACCUGGUCAUUCAGUACAUUCAGGUAUUCAGCUGACUUCAUUUUAUUGCCGGAAAACGUUGCUGAGCCUAGACCUGACCAACUGAAGCAACCCCAGAUCAUAACACUGCCUCCAGAUGGUUGUUUAAGAAAUGAGAAACUACACAUUGCUUCAGUUAGGGUUAAAAUAAUUGUUGCCAGCUGAAAUAUAUUAAUGACUGCAAUAAUGAUCCAAUCAUAGGCUCUUAAGUAUCUGCUUAUUUAAAUCCAAACGACGACUUUUGUUUUGGCCAGGCAGUGUACAUUAUAAUAACAAUGACCAAAAACAAGCUCAGUGUUUGUCACCCACCUGCUUGAUCCACAGCGUGAGGUUUAGGCUAAGGGAAAAACAAGCACAAGUCAACUCACUGUGUGGAACAGCAGCAUUAAAGGGAUAGUUCACCCAAAAAUAUUCCUUAUAAUUUACAGACCCUCAUGUCAUUCCAUACUCAUAUGACUUUCGCUACAAGAGAAGCUCUUCACAGUGGCCUACGUUGUGUUUUAAGCACUGUGAAAGAGCAACGGAUAUCAUGUUUUUCAAUCAAAAAAUGACUUAAAUUUUGGGUUGUUUCUCACUAAAAGCUGUCGUAUGCCUUCGCAAGACUUGGGAUAUGAUGCAGGAGUCACAUGGACUACUUUUAUGAUACUUUUGGGUCCUUUUUUAAGCUUUAAAGUGAGACACUCUCCACUGCUACUUUAUAGAAAAAGACAGACUGAGUUAUUAAUUAUAACAUCUUUUGUGUUUCGCAUAAGAAUGAAAGUCACACGGUUUUGGAACGACAUAAGGGUGUGAGUAAACUAUGACUGAAUUUUUCAUUGUUGGGUGAACUAUUUCUUUAACGCCAAGUCAUAACGAGGUCUGAUGUGAUGGAACACCUUGAUGAUUUUCACGAGACAAAAGUAACUGAAAUUUAAAUUUUUAUCACUGAAACACAUCAAUACAUAUUUUACAGUCACCAAAUUUUCAUUAUGUUGAUGAAUGGUGGGAAGUGUUUUUGAGAAUACAGUAUCUUUAUUUCUGUUCUUUUGUUGAUUUCUACAAUGAAUAGACAACCUUGCUAAGGCUGUAUAAUAUAUCUGCUAAAUGUGGUAACUAGUGAAAAUUGUUGUUAGACUUUGGGAUCCCUAAUUCCAUCAAGUUUGUAUAUUAGCUGAUCUAAAUAUUGGUGGAACAAAAAAAAAACAAAAAAAAAACAUUAUUUUUUGUCAAUCCUAUUUGUCAGUUUAAGAUUCUUAACUUCAUAACCUUUCCUUUUAGCUCAAGGCAUGUAUAUACUGUAUAAGUAUCACAUUUUGGUAAAAAAAAAAAAAAAAAAAAUAUUGGGGAAGAUUUUUUUGUUCUACUUACAAUGUAAAUUUAAUUUUACUUAUUAAUUGAAAACCACUCAAUAAGAAUGACGGCAUUUGUGAGAGUAAUGGGAUAUACUUAAAACUGCAAAGUUUCGUGUUUGUUGAAUGGGAGAAUUCUAGCAUUUAAAACACCUUUACAUGAUGUUCGCUGUAAAUGAUGAAAAUUAAUGUUCAUACUUGGCUACCAGCAUUUACUGUUAAGUCGUUUUCACAGUCUGUCGUAUUCACGUAGGAAAGAUAUCACUGAACCAAUAGAUGCUCAAGCUUUACAUUUAUCAUCACAGUAGAAUCUACAAAUCAUGUUUUUAUUUUAGUCAUAAUGCAUGACAAUAACACAUAAUCACUUCCAUAUACAAGUAUUUAACUCAGAUGUAAUUGUCUUGUCACAUAUAUCCCUAAUAUGUGUGAAUGUAUUAAUGGUUAAGAAUAUGGUAUCCUUUAACAGAGUCACUGGGCUGUGUGUUACCGGAUUACAUACUCAUUAAGGCCAAAAUGUUUAUCAGUGCACAGUCACACAAUGAAAUCAAUUAAUUUAAGCCUUACGAAAUGAAACAUAGUCGCUGAUGUGUUUUGAUACUACUGCUGAAGCCAAGAUUCCCUUUAUUUAUCUUUUCCUCCUACUUUCUCUCGGUCUUUAUGUAGAUUGGCUCGAUACUGUCUAUCUGCAUAAUGAUUGCUUACAAUUUUGGUACUUGUCUAUCUGAUUGUGACACAGACCUUAACGCUGCCUUUGUGGUCAGUAAAUCACAUGCUAUUAUCAAGACAAUAUAUCCAACUGUUUAGAUUUUGACCCGUCACAGGACGUACUCAACAUUUCUAAGAACAAAUAAAUCAGCUUCUUUUCUCACCAUAAUUGCCUUUGUGUUUGUAGUGAGAGCUGCAUGUUGUGUUUUGUGUCUGUGGGCUUUCAUGUCUCAUUGAAAACUUUAGUUUGUUUUUCUUCCUUCAAAUUCUCCUCUAUACAUUGCAUGUUAUAUUUUCACCUCAUAUUUGUAUACUUCAUUUCACUUUUUCAUUUGUUUAAUGCACCAGAUUUAGCUAUUGUUAACCUAGAAGUCAUUUGCAAAGGAAUUUUAAGUGUUCAUAGCUAAAACUACGCCACAAAACAUCACAACAUACAUGAAGUCAAAACUGACAUUUUUACUUUAUAAAUACACAUGCCUGGUCUUUUUGUGAACGAUUCAUCGGUGCAUGUAUUCCCAAAGAAAUACAAUUUUGCCUUUGGUAUCGAAUGCCCACUUUUCACCAUCCAGUCAAUUCAUAACCUCCUGAGACCCGAGUGUGACUGCUUUGUUAAUCUUCCAUUUCCCUUUUUGAUUUAAAACUAGUAGCACCUAAUAAACAUGCAGAAAAAAAAAGAGCGAACAUAUGUGGACAGCGGGACUAAGUUGUGAAAUUUUCAAUAAUACCAAGCUAUAGAAAGUCAGAUUUUUUUUUAUCAAAUUGUUUGUUUCCAGGAGUGUUGAUUAUUCAUGUUUGAGACAAUAGAAACAUUACAUCAGAAAUUAGCAUAAUUAAUUCUGAUUCAAAGUAAUGGCCAGCAUCAUCCAAUCACUGCCAACCACGUUAAAAUAAAAUUAUACAUUACAAAUUCUGAUUACCAUUGUCCCAUGUCUGCCAAACAUGUUGAGUAGCUCAAAAAUCAUCUGUAGCCUGAAACUGAACUUUUGAUAGAAGUUUGGGUUGAAUAAACUUAGCUGCAUAGAGAGCUAUAGGAUGCUGUCUUGCUCCCUAUUUUGUGAAUGACAACCUCCAGUGUGUUGUCUGUAUGCACUGGUCUUAGAAUAGUUCGAAAUGCACCUUAUUUUCAUCCCAACUCCGUAUAAAGCCUCUGAAAGCAAAAUAUUUUCAGCUUUUGGAUGAACCAAUUGAUUCUCAGUGUGAUAAUGCACAGUAAAUAUAGGAUUUCUAAGGAAAAAAUGUUCAAAUUUUAUAAAUGGCAUAUCGGAUGAAACUAGAGACUCUAAUCUUUUGACUCAAAUAGGUUUCAAUGUAAAAACUGAAUUAGGUUUCUUACCAGAUGUAGUUUUGUUGCCAUGUCUCCCAAAAACAAAUUCCGCUGUGGUCGGCGCCAUGUUGUUUUGUCACAUCACUCGGUGCAUCAAAGUUUAACCCUUUACUGAAAGCACAGUCUUCUUAACUGAUAUCAGUCAGUUUACAUGAAUUUAAAUUAUGCGUAGUGUAUAGCAAAGUCAAAAUACAAAAUCAACGCAUGUGUACGCGGGGUCACACGAGUUUAAAAUCAAGUUUUUUCUGUUGCAUAUCCUGUUCACAUAUAACAUACAUGGAGAUUGAUCUUGAGAGAAAAUCAAUCAUAAAUCAGUCUCUAUUUUCAGACUUUAUGCUGCCCCCAGUGGCCAAAGCUGGAACUACAGUUGAAUGCAUGCGUAACUUUGCGCGACACACUGCUCAAGUGCAAUACAUGAGCAAACAUUAUUUGAACUAAACAUUUUACUAGGAAUUACAUUCAAAUAUUUCUAAUUCUAACACUACUGAGACCAAAACUACAUUAUUUCACUUUGCAAAUAAAGUUACUCACUAGCCAGAAUUAAAAGGGAUGUGACAUUAAAGACGCAGCGGGAUCAUUUUCAGGGCAUGAACAUUCGCUGCAUGGUGCAGUUUGUCAGAUUCGGCACAGUAGGGCCAAAUUUGGAGGCGAGACUAUGAUCCAUUAUCCAAUUAUGGAAGUAAAAUGAGUUGUGAAUGCCAUUUCAAGUUGACUUUUUUGGUCCACCCUCCAGACCUAAAGCAUUUCUAGAUUGUUAAUAAUCAGACCACCUGUAUACUUGCCUUGUAAUUUGUACAUUGUUUGCCAUUGUAGCUCCAGUAUAUUUACUGUAGCUGAUCACAAGAGAUACAAGAAGCAACUCUACAAAUACAGACCAUAUUUUCUGAGUGCGCAAGUAUGACUUAUUUUGUACUGUGUUCUGGAUUCUGACAGUAAUCAUCUAAAAAAAUAAAAAUACUAUAUUAUUCCAGAUGCUCACAUAAGACACAUGGCUCAUAUCUCCUUCUGACGGACUAAACUCAGCAAGUAGCAGCUGUAUUUUAUUCUGUGAAAGAGAUAGAAUGAAGAUAAACUGUAUUACCCAUCCAUCUACUUUACAAUGCACUGUUGUGAUUUGCAAAAUCAUGGUGAUAUGUAAAAAUGCUACAAUAAAUAGUUUUCUUUUCAUUUACUGAAAAGAGAUUGGGGUUAUAUUUCAUACAUAAAAAUACAGUCUAUUUGUGCAAGGAUUUAUGUAUAAUACAAUACUUCUAGAAAAUUAGCUGUAACAGCAUCAAUUAGUCUGUAUGCAAAUCAAAAACCACCAAUUCAACCAGUUAUAUCACUUAAUUAUAUAACUUACAUCUCAGGUAUGAAUCAGUUGUUUGGCUUUUUUUUUUUUUCUAACUUGACGUACACAUACACAUAAGUAUACCUCAUACCAGUUCAUUUUUUUAUUUGCGGAAUCUUACACUGCUGCAUUUUAAAAUAUUUGGUCUCACUUAAUAUUAGGUGUCUUUAACUAGUAUAUACUAACAUUAAAAUACAUACAAUGUACUUAUUGUGUAACUACAUGUUGUUCUGUAAAAAAGAUUCACAUUUGCUGCUACUGAGGUUGAGGUACGGCUGGGUUUAGGAGUAGGAUUAGAGUUAGACACUAACCUAUCUAUCUGUUAACCCUAACCCUGAGUACACAGUAGUUAAAGACACUUAAUAUAAAGUGGGUCCAAAUAUUUCAUUACAAUCACACUCAAUUCAAUAAUCUCAUUAUUUAUAUAAUACUAUUUUCAUCAGAUAUUGAAAGUCAAAAAUAUGUAUUUUUUUCCAUGUCACUGUGUGUAUGUGUAUUGCUUCACAUAUCUCCAGUGUAUACCAACCCUGUAAACAGAUAAUCUGAAUAUUAUUAUAACAUUUCUCUGCUUAAUAAAGCAACACUGUUCAGUUGCUAUAAUGAUCUCUUGCAAACUUUAGACCAGAAAAAGAUACUCACUAAUUUAGCUUGUAAUGUGUUACACUAAGAGGACAGUUGCCAUAGUAAGGACCGGCUACAUGUAGGUCAAGAUCAAAUAGUUUGAAGGAGACUCUGUUUUCAAAAAAUUUCGCUUGACCUUGCUAGAAUUAGCAACUGCACCAAAAACACAAAGCGCACUGUUCCAGAAACUGUAGAUGAACUGUACAAGAUAAACUUUCUAAAACUGUUUAAAAAAAAAAGUGCUACUUCAAUUUCAUUGCAGGACACCAUGUUCCUCUCAUGUCACAAACAUAUUCCGCGUGCUGGUGAAGCAGAUGUAGUGGGUAGCAUUUUGUGCACUGGUAGAUCGAAUACCUGGUUAUUAGCAAAACAGCCUCCCUUGCUCUUGAAACAAUAGUGGCUUCAGAACACGAAGGGAUUUGUGCUUCUUGUAGCAAGCUGAAAUGAAAACUCCUUUUCAUUUUUUUGUGUUCCUUGGUGUAUUUAGUUGGUUCGAAAUUCAAUUUUAAGCCUAAUUCACAUGUAUGGAAUGAAAUUGUUAAAUAAAGAAAUACCAAAAAUGUC